AUGUCUGUGCCCAACAAUCGCCUGUCAACCUACUCUGGUGCCUCAACUCCCACCGGAGUCCGUUCUGCAGCCCAGCAGUCGACGCAGGUAUCAACGACCACAUUGCUCAACGCACUACACACCAGCUACGCUUCGUCACGCCCCUAUCGCCUCGAUGCGAGCACAAGCCUGGUAGUGAACACUUGGCUUACUGCAUCCCACCCAAACGUUGACGGCCAACUGGGAGGUACGAUAGAUACGGAUUUGGCACAACAGGCAUGGGAGCAUGCUCGUCGACGGGCCGAGGAUGGCUGUAUCGUCCUGGCAUCCUUGCAUCACUCCACACCCUCCAUUCUUUCGCCAUUCAUAUCUGCCAUUCCCCUUGCGGUACCAUCUUCUCUCCAUACCGCUCUGGCAGUGCUCAGGCCCUUUACCUAUUGCGUGACGCCCUACAAUCCAGCCACUCCAAGGCAUGCAGCACUUGCAGCUACAUUCAGUCUUACACUUGCUGGCAACGUCAGCUCGGCAUCCCUCUCACUUUCACACUCGGGACUCAACAUCGCCAAGGGCCUUCUCGAUCUACCGCAAGAAUCAGGCUUUCGAGCUUUUGACGUAUUCUACUACCUCCUUACAUCUGCAUCAACUCCAGCUGAAAGAGAAUUUCUGAGCCUGAAACACCCAUCAACCUACGCAUUGCUGAACGGAUCUGGCACAUACGAGCCACCAACCUAUUUGCCUGCAGCCGAUGAUACGGCUUCCGCUGAAGACUUCCGGUCUUCUUUGAAGGCAAUUGGGAUCAAAGGGUCGGCUCACCGGAGUUUGAUUUCCACUCUUGCGGGGCUCCUUAAACUUGGAGAAACCGUGGGCCUUCUCAUUGAUCAAGAAGAUCUGGAAGACAUCUGCGAAGAUGUUAGCGGUCUUCUUGGCCUUGAGCCCGAAGUCCUUAUGCACAGAUGCAAUACAGACGAACGCGAAAUUUUGAUUUCAGGAAUAUAUGAAGCUUUAGUCGAUUGGGUUCUGUUGAAAGCUAAUAAGGCAAUCUCUGCAGAGGUACAAAGAAUGAAAGAAGGAGAUGAGUCUAGUGAGAGCGGCAAUGAUAGAGUGGGCGCUCGAACACCUAGGACGGAUGAGGAUAACGGCGAUACUGUCAACAUCACCGUGGUAGAAAUUCCAGGGCAAGACCUUGGCAAAGCCGUCGCGCUUCGUGGGGUCUUUGACGAUAAUCUGGGUAUCAACGCCGAAAUGAAACAGGAUGGAAUCGACGUGAUAUCGCCCGGUUCAUCUGUCGUCAAAGACAUGCAGAACGCCGUUUCAGAAGUAGGCGCAGACCUUGGGCUCACCCACGGUCCAGUCAGCAGAGAUCGAGCUUUAGAGCGAGAACGCCAGGAAGAGGUGUUGGAAAAAGUAGGGGCAGAAGCGGAAAUGGGCGGCUUCUUGCGAAACAUACUGUACCCAACCGACGGGCAAGGCGUCAGAGGUGACAUGGAAGCGCGUAUGGACCUUCCGGUUGUACUCGACAGCAGCAGAAUAUGGUACCAUUUGUCCCUGCACCCCACCGAUGAAUCGCUAGCCAGUCUAGGCAAUUUGGCAUCUACAACUUCAGCCUGGUCAGCGGGUACAGUGUCGAAGCAGCUUCGAACCUGGAGACUUCCGGAGUGGGCCAACUACCGCAACAAAAACCUGGACUUCACCGCCGAUUUUGACAUUGAUGAGUUCUACACUCGAUACUCCCGACUUGGAUGUCAGGAGGGCCGGGAUGGAGUCGAGAGCUGGAUCUUGGAACGUGGGUGGAGUAAUGGCGAGGUAGUUGUAGGACACGAGCGUGUCUGGAUUCGCGAAGGACCAUGGUGGGAGGCCGAAAGUAUGCUCGAUCUCAAGCCCGCCGAAACAUCCACUUACGGGCAGCCUCACUUCGGCAUCAUGGGUGGUGGCGGCAUGGAAAGUGGGUACUCUGCCACGACCCCUGGGCCCAAUGAGGGCGGGUUCUUUCCACCCGCGGGUGAGGACUAUGGAAGCCGGGAUAAUCUGUUGCAACGGCAGCAGAGCGUAGCAACUAUGCCUCAAGCCACCAUGGGUGUAGCAAAGUCCAUUGCCCCAACUAUGACCCGCACCGUUAAUACAAUGCCCGGCGAUUACGGCUUAGGCGCCAAAGGGGACUAUAAGAAGGGACAAGUCACAUACUACAACGAUGAUAUUGGAGAGUUCACUGGUGGCUUGGAUCCCGAGCUGGCCGAGCCGAAGGCCAUCUCUUCUGAGCCUGUCGAUAAGUCUCGUCGGCUUUGGGUCGCAUUGGUUUGGGCUUUGACCUUCUGGAUCCCUUCAUUCACGCUCCGAUAUCUCGGCCGAAUGAAGCGACCUGACGUUCGAUUUGCUUGGAGAGAAAAAGUUGUUCUGAUGCUGCUGAUCUUCUUACUCAAUGCAACGGUCAUUUUCUGGAUCGUCGAAUUUGGCAAUCUUCUAUGCCCUAACCUUCACAAGGUUUGGAAUCAGAAAGAGGUCGGGUAUCAUCAAGCUGAAAACGAUUUCUGGGUCAGUGUCCACGGCAAGGUUUACGACAUAACGAAAUUUGCAAAGAUUACACACGGAGACAUUGAACCUCUUGCCACCCAAGCCAUGAUGCAGCCUUUCGCCGGAUUGAAUCUGGAUGAGUACUUCCCACCACCUCUAUCAAAAGCCUGCAGCUACCUGGUCACCGAUGAAGCCACAAGAUUGCUUGCGAACACUACCGUUCUAUAUCCUCAGGGGGUUCAUACAUCUGGUCCCCUUUAUCAAACGAACAACAACACAAAAUUGCACAGUAUCGACUGGUACAGCGACACAUUUCUUCCAAAGAUACAAGAAUACUACAAGGGUGAUCUCGUAACUACAAAGGGGUCUAUCAGUUCACAAGGUUCUAACCGCGAAUGGGUCAUCUUGAACGGAAAGAUAUAUGACCUGACAGACUAUUUCUACACUAAACAGACUGAGGGGAACAUCGCAAUGUAUUCUUGGAUUCCUGACGAGGUAUCAGAUCUGAUUCAACAGAAUGCUGGCAGCGACAUCACAAGCCAGUGGAAAGACAACAACCCCGACUACGAGAAGACUUUGAACUGCAUGGAAAAUGCUUUCUAUGAAGGGAUACCGGAUUUUAGAGACACCGCAAGAUGUCAGGUCAACAAUUACCUCUUGCUUGCUUUUACCAUUGUUCUUUGCGCCGUCAUUCUCACCAAAUUUCUGUCUGCACUGCAGUUUGGUUCCAGACGCAGACCAGCAGCCCAGGACAAAUUUGUAAUUUGUCAGGUCCCAGCUUAUACGGAAGGCGAAGAUCAGCUACGCAAAGCUCUUGAUUCAUUGACAGCCCUCCAAUACGACAACAAGAGGAAGCUGAUAUGCGUCAUGUGUGACGGGAUGAUUGUGGGAGGCGGUAAUGACAGGCCAACUCCAAAGAUUGUACUCGAUAUCCUCGGCGUUGAUCCAAAAAUUGACCCUCCCGCACUUCCGUUCAAAGCUGUUGGACAAGGCAAUGAGCAACUUAAUUACGGCAAAGUCUACUCUGGUCUGUACGAGUAUGAGGGAAAUGUGGUACCAUAUAUCGUUGUGGUGAAGGUCGGCAAGGAGUCCGAACAGACAAAAUCAAAACCUGGAAAUCGGGGGAAACGAGACUCACAGAUUCUGCUUCUUAGCUUCCUCAAUCGUGUCCACCAUCGCUCACUAAUGUCACCACUCGAGCUCGAAAUGUUCCAUCAAAUCAACAACAUUAUCGGCGUGGAUCCUGAGCUAUACGAGUACCUUUUCAUGGUUGAUGCAGAUACUAGCGUCAAGGAAGACUCACUGAAUCGGCUUGUAGCAAGCUGCGCCAAUGAUGCGAAAAUCGCAGGCAUUUGUGGCGAAACAAGCUUGGAGAACGAGGAACGAAGUUGGUGGACCAUGAUACAAGUCUACGAGUACUAUAUAUCCCAUCAUCUGGCAAAGGCAUUCGAGUCGUUGUUCGGUUCGGUAACUUGUUUGCCCGGAUGUUUCUGCAUGUACCGACUUCGAACAGCGGACAAGGGUCGCCCAUUGAUCAUCUCCGACAAAGUCAUCAAUGAUUACAAUACCUGCAAUGUGGACACACUGCACAAGAAGAAUCUCCUGUCCUUGGGAGAAGACAGAUAUCUUACAACGAUCAUGACGAAACAUUUUCCAUCAAUGUCGUUCAAAUUUGUACCAGACGCUUACGCUAAAACCGCAGCGCCGGAGACGUGGGGUGUUCUCCUGUCUCAAAGACGACGUUGGAUCAAUUCCACAAUUCACAACCUGGCCGAGCUUGUCUGGCUCAAAGAUCUUUGUGGGUUUUGCUGCUUUAGUAUGCGAUUUGUUGUCUUCAUCGACCUUUUCGGAACCAUCAUCCUUCCUGCUACCUGCGGGUAUCUAGGAUAUCUAAUAUACCGUGUUGCGAGCCAUACCGGUCAAUUUCCACUAAUUUCGCUCGUCAUCUUAGGAUGCGUGUAUGGCCUUCAGGCGAUCAUAUUCCUAAUCAAAAGACAAUGGCAACACAUUGGGUGGAUGAUUAUUUACCUCCUCGCGUUCCCAAUCUACUCUUUCGUGCUUCCGAUAUAUUCAUUUUGGAACCAAGACAAUUUUACCUGGGGAAACACUAGGAUCGUUCUUGGCGAGAAAGGCAACAAGCAGAUUGUGGCCCUUGAAGAUGAAGGGUUCGAUCCUCGAAGCGUCCCACUUCAGAGAUGGGAUGAUUACGCAGCGACGAACAACCUACCAGGUCGUCGCGGCAUGGCAGGCAUCAUGGAGAAGAGCUAUGAGGACGAAUUUGCAAACAAUGGCUUUGAGAUGGACGACAUCCACUCGGUGUACUCGUCCGCUAAGCCUGCUUCCACCGUACUCACUGGGUUCCAAAACGCACCGCCUGCAUACAUGCCACCUCAUUCGCCUGCAGCUUUCGGGCAUCCGAACAGACAAUCCAUGUAUUCGUCCACUCCUUACAAGGACCAACCGCAGUAUUCACGUCCGCAUUCGAGACUGCAAUCAGUGACAGGUAUGAGCGAUCAUUACCAGGACCAUCCAUACCAGAGGAUGAGCAUGCCAAGCACAGACAAUCUCAUUGCUAUGCAAUCACCGCCACUACGGCAGAAUCGAAGCCCACUUGGAUAUGGGAGCAGGCCUGUGAGCACCGUGGACUUCCGGGGAACGUACAGCGGCCCCGACGACGGUGCGAUCGUCGAGGCUGUACAGAGCUGUCUCGCAGAGGUGGACUUGGACAACGUGACGAAGAAACAAGUGCGCGCAUUAGUUGAGCAGCGAUUGCAGACAGAAUUGACGGGGGAGAAGAGAGCGUUCAUGGACCAGCAGAUUGAUGCUGAGUUGGCGAAUAUGUAA